AUGAAGCUUAGAAGGAGUCCAAGACUCAUAAAGAAGCUAGACGGACACAAACCUGCUAGUAUCUCCCUAAAGAAGGCUCCCACCAGAAACAAGAACAACAAGAAGAACAAAAAGAUCAAGCCUCAGUCUAAUCUGUUGGGUAACAUUCUGCUCUCACCUACUUGCCAAGCCUUUGAUUUCCCUAACAUUUCAAUCAUUGCUAAAUUUACUAAUAUGGGCACUAUCUUCCCUCAAAUACCCAUUGCGGAGAUACAAAAGUUGGCCAUUGAGUCCUGCGGCAUCACUCCUUUGGAGGUGUCAGCUGAACUGCUCCUUGCUUCUAGGCCUCAAGAGGAUGGAGGAGCAGAUUUGUAG